UAUAAUCGCACAGAAUGAGUGCACCAAUUGCAAGUGUUGUAACCACAAUAGAUGCUUUUGGGAUGGCUCAUGCACAUGGGGAUGCAAAGACGGGUACUGGGGCAAUAAAUGCUACAAGGAGUGCCAUAACAACAUGUGUGUUCAAUGCGACAGUAACACGGGAUUGAUAUGUAGCAAAUGUGUUGAAGGAUAUUACGGAUCAAACUGUGAACACAGUUGUCAACCAGGACACUAUGUAUAUAAAAACGAAUGCCGUAUGUGUGGAUUACCUGGAUGUACAUGCAACUCUCACUGGGACUGUAAUAGUUGCGUAGAAGGUUAUUAUGCCAAUCAGAAAUACCCUAACUGUCUAGAAUGUCCAACAAACUGUAAACAGUGUACAGCAUGGUGUGUGGCAUGUGAAGACGGAUACUAUCCGAACGAAAAUGGUGAGUGUAUCAAUUGCAGCGUUAGGUGCUUGGAAGGGCACUGCGAUUCAGUUUCGGGCAAAUGCAAAGAAGGUUGCACUCAGGGGUUUUGGGGUAAACUUUGCAACCAAAAAUGCAACGCGUCCUGUAACAAAUGCAACCGAUUUAAUGGUGAGUGUUUGGAAUGUGCAUCCAACCGGAAAUAUGGACCGAAUUGUGACAUGAAUUGCAGUGAGACCUGCGUUGACAAAGAAUGCUAUAUAUCAGGAAGGUGUACCAAAGGAUGUUUAGAAAAUUACUUUGGAGAAAUGUGUGAACAUGAGUGCGAUCAAAAUUGUAUCAAAAGUGGCCAUGGAACAAGAUGUUCUGCUAAAAGUGGAAAAUGCCUUCACGGUUGCACUUCUGGCUACACUGCAGCUGUGUGUCUUAAAGAUCCACAAGAUUUAUCAGAGAAAAGCAGGAAGUCAGAGCCAAUUGGCGCAAUAAUAGGAGGUGGAAUCGGAGGGGGUGUUGCAGUACUUGCAGUAAUUGCCGUUGUCGUAUACGUUUUUUUCAGGAAACGGUCCAUUGGAAAACCAACGGAAGACUUAAACAUCGAAUAUGUUAAUCAAACUGAUGGAUCUUUACAACGAAAGAACAAAGACAUUGAAAGCAACAUCGAGAAUUCAUACGAAAAGCUUGAUUCCAGAACUACAGCAGAUGCUAAGGAUGACUAUGAGCAACUACCAGCGGGACAACAAUUAACAAGCAACUCUGAAUAAUUCGGGAAUGUUAAAGAUGAUAUCGUACAUUAUCAUAACAUUUAAUCUUCAAAAUCUUAGAAGCAACCAAAGAACAUUUUAAGAAAUGAUUCAUCUUGUACACAUGUACAUAAAUACCUUUAAAGGUGAGGAGGGAAUGGUUGGCUAACUUUCGUCGCUAAGUAUUGUGCACUUUCUUUAAACGGCGUGAGUACACUGGUCAGAAUAUACAACUGUUCAUCUAUGAUAUUUUUAUACCUGCCGGGUAUACUAGAUAUUCGUUUUACAUUGUGUUCAACCAGUGAACAUUAAUAUGCCUCAGGACUUGUCACUAAAUUUGGAAUUUAUGUUGACUUGCUUUUUUAUCGUUGAUAUAAAAGGCAGGAUAUUUCAAGGCAUCGGCGUCACACAAACAAAUUUUAUUGUUUUGUUUCCUUAAAUAUUGAACAGUAUGUUUAGAACGAUGUAUACUUGAUUUUUUGAAACUUAAUAAUUUAAAAAAAAACUCCUACAUAUAAUAUUCAAUAUUCACCAUGCUGUAUUGUUCAUUUUUUUUAAGAAAUGCACACUAUGAUUAUAAUUACGUCGAUUUACUUAUUAUAAUACUUCAUUUAUAUAAAAUGCACUGUAGCUCCAAUUUUGUUCUUGCCAUGUACGCUAUAUUAAAACUUAUGUACAUUUGGUAUUUAAUAAUGACUUAAUACAAAAGACGGUAAAUUUAAGGCGUCGGUGUUACAAAUUGAUGUUGUAUUGUGGCAUUCUCUUAAAUUAUCUGCACUUUGUUUAGAAUUAUGUAAAUUUAACGUAAAAUAGUUCAUUCAUUUUAUAACUUGUUGAUAUAAAUACAGUAUUUAUUUAACUGAUAUAAAUCCAGUUAAUUGUGCAUGCGUCAUUAAAUUAGAUUGCUUUGUUUGUUUCUCUAUAUGUUGAACAUUAUGUUAAGACUUAAGUAGACUUACUAUUUAAUAACACAUUGAUAUGAAAUGCAGUUUAUUUACAGUAACGGCGUCACAAAAUCUAGCUGUAUUGCUUACCUAGUUAUUACAGGUACACUGUGUUCAAAGUACAUAAACUUACUAUUUUAAAUGGCAUUGAUAUAAAGUGCAGUGUAUUGAAAAUGCUGUUGUCCCGUACUAUGUUAAUCUUUAUGUUCAUUUGCAAUGUAACACUUGCUCGAUUCCAAAUGCGGUAUAUUUAAGGUACUGACCUUGUACCGUAGCUAGGAAUAUGUUUAUAAAUUCAUAAGCUUUGCAGUUGGCUAGCGAGUAUUAUUCAUUGUAAGAAUGGAAGCAGAAAUUAAUCAGACCCAUUGUUUCGAUAAUAUGCCCGGGAUAUGCAAGAUAUGUAUACGAAAUAUAUUAAGCAUGAUUUUUAUGAGCUUGUUUUGGGUUUUGAUUGGCUGGCAGCUAUGAGGGCUCAAGGCGAAAGUAUAUUUGGUCAGUAAGUGUGGUGCGAGAGAAAAGACAUGAAUGAAUGUGUGUGUGAUUUUUUGUUAACUAAAUCGGAAAACGUACCAAUAUUUAGUUAAGUUACAUUUUUUCCUUUUAUAAAUGAAGUUAAUUUACAUUAAAUACUGAAAGGUUAGUUAAGGCAAUUGUUGAUGUUUAGAUAAUUUCUGAGCAUUGUUUAUAAUUUGAAGUAUUUUUGAAUAUCAUGAAAAUACUCUGUGUGUUAUUUUAAUUACAUUAGUUUGAUUGUUGUUGUAUAUAUGAUGUACAUUUCUUGAUUAUUGUGUUUGGGGUUUAUUUUAGAUAGCCGUUCCUUCACGUUUCUUUACGUUACUAUACGUACAUAAGCGUUAUGUUGUGUUCCAUUUCGUUCUGUUAUGCUGACUAAUUGACUAUUUGAUUGUAUAGAACAAAUUCGAUCGAGUAUUUUUAACACGAGUUCCGUUUUAUUUUGUGAACACAACACUUCCUUGGUUUAGUGACUUGUUGUCAACAAGUAUGUUGUCUUGUAUAGGUAGGUGUCUCUUAUUUUUCAAUGAGGCGGAUAUACUGCGAUAUUUGUGUAAUGUUUGUUGUCAUGUAUAGGUAUGUGUCACUUUUUUCAAGGCCUUAAUGAUGUUGUUGCCCUGCGAUAUUUUGAUAGUUGUGUAAUGUAUGUUGAUUUGUAUAAAUAUGUGUCACUUGGUUUUCAAUGACCUUAAUGAGGCGGUUGCGCUGCGAUAUUUGGAUAGUUGUGUAAUGUUUUUUGUCUUGAAAAGGUAUAUGUCACUUGGUUUUUAAUGACCUUGAUGAUGAUGAGACGGUUGCCCUCCGAUACUUGGAGUGUUGUGCAAUGUAUGUUGUCUUUGAUAGAUAUGUGUCUCUUUGUUUUCAAUGACCUUGAUGAGGCGGUUGCCCUCCGAUAUUUGGAUAGUUGUAUAAUGUAUGUCGUCUUGA